GCGGGCGGAGCGCGGGGGGUCGCGGCGGCGGGGGAGGGGGCGCCCGAGGCCUCCCGGGGCUGCCGCGCGCCCGCACGCCCACCCGGGACUCGGCGGGGCUGUGGGCGAGGCCACCCCCCGCGGCGGCAGCAGAAUGAAACGAGGAGGAGGAAGAGAUGGUGACCAUAAUUCAUCAGAUUCAUCAGAAGAGGGAACCGCAGAGAAAGCCAAGAAACUGAGGACUGCAGGAGAGCACCUGCACACCUCCGACUGGGGGAAUCUCCUGCAGGACAUUGUUCUCCACAUUUUUAAGUAUCUGCCUCUUCUCGACCGGGCUCACGCUUCACAAGUGUGUCGCAGCUGGAAUCAGGUGUUCCACAUGCCUGAUUUGUGGAGAUGUUUUGAAUUCGAACUAAAUCAGCCAGCUACUUCUUACUUGAAAGCUACACAUCCAGAACUGAUCAAACAGAUCAUUAAAAGACAUUCAAAUCAUCUGCAGUAUGUCAGCUUCAAGGUGGACAGCAGCAAAGAAUCAGCCGAAGCUGCUUGUGAUAUAUUAUCACAGCUUGUGAACUGCUCCUUAAAAACACUUGGGCUUAUUUCGACUGCUCGGCCAAGCUUUAUGGAUUUGCCAAAGUCUCACUUUAUCUCUGCACUGACGGUUGUGUUUGUAAACUCCAAAUCCUUGUCUUCGCUUAAGAUAGAUGAUACCCCGGUAGAUGACCCAUCCCUUAAGGUACUAGUGGCCAACAACAGUGACACACUGAAGCUCCUAAAGAUGAGCAGUUGUCCUCAUGUCUCUCCAGCAGGUAUCCUUUGUGUAGCUGAUCAGUGUCAUGGCUUACGUGAAUUGGCCUUGAACUAUCACCUGUUAAGUGAUGAAUUGCUCCUUGCUUUAUCUUCUGAAAAACACGUUCGAUUAGAACAUUUGCGCAUUGAUGUAGUGAGUGAGAAUCCUGGACAGACACACUUCCAUACUAUUCAGAAGAGCAGCUGGGAUGCUUUCAUCAGACACUCACCCAAAGUAAACCUAGUAAUGUAUUUUUUUUUAUAUGAAGAGGAAUUUGAUCCAUUCUUCCGGUAUGAAAUACCUGCUACCCAUCUUUACUUUGGGAGAUCAGUCAGCAAAGAUGUGCUUGGUCGUGUGGGAAUGACGUGCCCGAGACUGGUUGAACUAGUAGUCUGUGCUAAUGGAUUGCGUCCGCUUGAUGAGGAGUUGAUUCGAAUUGCAGAGCGUUGUAAAAAUCUGUCUGCUAUUGGACUAGGGGAAUGCGAAGUCUCAUGCAGUGCCUUUGUAGAGUUUGUGAAGAUGUGUGGCGGCCGUCUGUCUCAGUUGUCCAUUAUGGAAGAAGUAUUAAUUCCUGAUCAAAAGUAUAGCUUGGAGCAGAUCCACUGGGAAGUUUCCAAGCAUCUGGGUAGGGUCUGGUUUCCAGACAUGAUGCCCACUUGGUAAAUUCUGAAUGUGGAGAGCAAGAUGAGGAGCACCCUUACUUUAAACAGACAGAUUUAUAAUAACGUAUUUCCUGUAGUUUAUAUGUAAUUCUAUUUUGUGGCAAGGAAAUUGGAUGCCUGGAUUAAGUAUGUGAGGAUUGUUUAUGGGUGAAGACCUGUGAGAGUUUUGGAUAGCAAAAGUGUGUCUUUAGCUUAAAUAGGCAGUCAGAUCUCAGAAGGUUAAGUGUGGUUCAGAUCUUAAAGUGAUAACCACUUUAAAAGAUUAAGCAUUUACAAUCUGAAGAAAAGAAAACCUAUAGAUUUACCAAGAAGUACUGGGGCCAGGAAGUAGCUCAGUGCUCAGUGGGAGAGCACUUGACUUGCAUGUAUGAGGCCCUGGGUUUGAUCCCUAGCAGGUUUUCCAAAAAUGUUAUGUCCUCUAUGCAUUUUUGAAAAAUGUAAACCUGACAUUCUGUGGUCUUUAGUUAUACAUAUACCUGUUAUAAGGUGUUUAAUAUAGCUCAGGAAAGUGAGCAUUUUUGAGAAAAAAAUGUAGGGUGUAUUGCAUCUGAGUAAAAAGAUCGGUUGAAUGUUCUUAAAUGUUGCAGAGCUGUUUUAAGUGGUAUAUAGAAAUAACUGGAGCUUUUAGAAAACUGGUAAAUGUCACACAGUGGUUAUCACAGAAUAAUAAACAGAGCCAAGAUCAAAUUAAAAUUUUAAAAAGGGAGACAAUUUAGUUUUGUGUAUGUUUUAGAUUUUCAGUGUAAUCCACUAAAACCAUACAAAUUAUUUUCUUUGAUAUGUUAUGUAAUUUGUAUUUGACACAUCAUGUUAAAUAGGGAAUGUUUUAUCAUUUCUUGUUUUUAUCUGUUUAAAACUAGUUUUGAAAUAUUACACAAUAUUUGAAAUCACAAGAUUACCUAUUAAUCAAAGUAUAAUAUUAAGUUGUUUUAAAAUUGCUCCCAUGAAAACAUACUAGUCUCCAGUGAAUUUUAGUCAUGGCUCAUUUUUCCAUUUUGAAAUAUACUGUUACAUAAGUAGAAUUUUCAGAAAUUGCAAAAGGAAUCCAAUGUACAGUUAAGCAUAAAUAGCAAAUUUAAAAGAAAAUAUAUUUACGUUUAUAAUCAUAUUUGAAUAAAUAUUUCCGUGUACUGAAAAUUUUAAUAGAAAAAAGUCUAGUUUUGUGAUUGUUAACUUAUCUAAACUGAUACAUUAAGUAGCAUUUUUAUUACUUUGCUAUGAAUACUGGUAAUUCAUAUAUUGUAGAAUUUGUAAAAAUAAGUUGGGGACUGUCUUUAAUUUGGGGAGGGUGUUAUAUAACCUGUUUUUGAGACCUAGUGUUAGUAGAUACUGCCUUCCUUAAUGGAGAUUGUAAAUUCUUUAUUCCCAGUGGAACAUAUGAAUGCCUAAAACUAAGAAUCUUGGUAAUUCUGCAAACUGUUUUAUAAAUCUAAUGAACAUAUUACCUUCCUGAGAAUAAAAAGGUGUUUUCUAUAAAGUUUGUGCUUUUCAAAGUGAUGGUAUUCAGCCAUAUUUAAAUGAGAAGAAAAACAGCACAGCCAGGCUUGAAAUUAAAAACAAUUAUUCUAAUAUUUUCCUCUUUUUAAAUAGCAAAAAAAAAGGUUUGAUUGCAUAAGAAAUACCCUUGUUAGUAACUGAAUAUGUUUUUCUUGAACAAGUUUGCAAAAUGGAUUUGACAGUUCUACUAACCAAAGCUUUACUUGGAGCUUUACUUUUUGUACAAUUGAAUUAUAUAAGCUUGAAGUACUUUAAAGUCACUUUAUAAGCAAAAUGCAUAGCACUCGAUUGUUUAUACUGUAUAGUAUAUGUAAAAUGUUUUUUAUCAACUUGAGAAUAAAGUUACUAAAGCUAUUGUAUUACA